AUGAACGUGAUAGCGACGAAUGAUAUGGAUGAGAUCUAUGAGGAUCCUGAGUAUGCUGAGAUGGGAAAAUUCAAGGAGUUAUCGGUUGAGGAUGAUGAGAGUGAGGGCUUGGAUGAUACGGCAGCAAGUGUGGAGGCAGCAGUGAAACUGGAAGAGGAGAUAGUCACCAUGGAGGUAGCAGCAGUGAAUGGUGGAGAUGGAGACGAUGUCAACACUUUUGCAGCAGUGAUCGUGGUUGAAGAUGAAGCAGUAAAUGCGAAGUGUGUGGGAGUUGAAGCUGUGAAAGGGGACAUCAUGGUGAAGGGAUCAAAGGUGAAUGCAACUGCAAAGGGGCGAGUGCUUACGAAAGAGGAACACGUUGAGGGGUACGAGACCCGAGAUGUGUUGGGUGUUAAAGCCAGGAUCUCAAUCCCUCUUCCCGCCCUCACUUCUUUGAUCCCCUUCCCACACCUCUCCAACCCCUCGCCCCACCUCAACACUCCCUACCCUCACCUCUCACUGCCUCAAUCCCUCCCCGUCCGCUCACCUCGUCUUUCCCUCCCCUCUGCUCAGCCCCCACCUGUCCGCCCACCCUCUCACCUGCCCGUCCAUGCUCUCACCCCCCACCUGCCCACCAGUCUGCGCACUCACCUGGCCGCGCCAGGACACGAGGUGCAGGCGACCACUGGACAGAACCAGCAGAAUGUGAUCCUCGUCUGCUACCAUGCCGUUGCUGCCAGGGGGGAAAGAGGGGGAGGGGGGGAAAGAGGAGGGGACACAGAGCGGAAGGGGGGAACGGGAUGA